AUGGUGGCCGAUUAUACGAAUAGCUUUGCUAUCAAAAAAGUCACAGUAUCGGACGCAGCAUCUAAAGCUGCGCGGAUUCGCCAAUGGAAACCUACAUCCGCAGCAGAGAUAAAACGAUUUUUCGGAUUGAUUAUUUUCUUGGGUAUCGUAAAAUUACCCAAAAUAUCCUACUACUGGUCAAAAGAUGCUGUACUUGGACAGAAUUUUCCUCGAACAAUAAUGAGUCGAAACCGAUUUGAGUUGCUGUUGCAAAUGCUGCACUUUUCUCAACAAGAUGAAGACAAUAAAUCUAAUAAAUUACACAAGAUUCAGAAAUUGCUCGAAGUUAUGAACAGGAACUUCCAAAAAAACUACACCCCUUCCGAAGAGAUCUGCAUAGAUGAAAGCGUGGUGCCUUCUCGCGGACGAAUAAUUUUUCGACAAUACAAUAAACAAAAAAGGCAUAAAUAUGGUAUAAAGGAGUUUAAGUUAUGUACCAUUCCUGGAUAUACAUAUAAAAUAAAUGUAUACGCAGGAAAGAAUAACGAUGAAGUCAAUACUACACCGUUUAAAGUCGUUAUGUCUUUAUGCAGCGAUCUUCUAUACAAGGGACAUACGCUAGUGACCGACAACUGGUACACGAGUAUAGAUCUUGCCAAAAAUCUUCUGGAUGCAGAGACUCAUCUCGUAGGCACGAUUCGGAAGAACCGGAAGCAUCUGCCAAAGGAUGUAAAUGCUAAACUGAAGCGAGGACAAUUCGUGGCGAAGGAAAGCGAUGAGGGCAUAACUGUAAUGAAGUGGAAGGAUAAAAGAGAUGUCCUUUUGCUGUCCACAAAACACUCAGUGCGAUUUCAAAAUGUCCGAAAACUUAUCAAAGUUAUUUCUAAACCGAAAAUAGUCAUUGAUUAUAACGGUGCUAAAGGAGCUGUAGAUAUGUCCGAUCAGAUGGCUGCUUACUCAACUCCACUGAGGAAAUCGAUAAAAUGGUACAAGAAAGAUGCAAUCAACCUUCUCCUGAACACAGCAGUGGUCAAUGCACUGGUCUUGUAUCAAAGCGUUACUGACAAGAAAAUACAAAUGGCAGACUUCCGGCUGGAAUUACUGAAGUCGUUUUGUAGCCAACAAGAUGUUCCAGUUGAAAGACCUAGAAGAAUGAUACACAAACUGCAACAAAAAGAAGGGCAAGCCAGAACUAGCAGGCGGGCAUGUGUGAAUUGUUACAAAAUUAACGCAGCUACUUAA